AUGAAUAGGAGUGAUAAUAAGGGACGAGUGAGUGGAUUGAUACCAAGCAAUAAGGGUUUUGUAGUUCAUUAUCAAGGCUAUCCUUCUUCGACAUCUCGAGCUAUCCAAAAUCUUAGAGGGAGUGAAUCAAUUCUCAAGGAAGUUUUGUUUAGGAGAGCUUCACUCUUGUCACGAAUACCGGAGGCAUGUUACUUUAAGGGAAUGGCAAACUACCGGCAUUUUGUUCCAGUUCAUGCUGAUAUAGGCAAGAGGAAAAGGAAGAAUUGUAGUGAGAUGGAGGAACCAUAUUUUCAAAGAAAAUGCGGUCUAAUGGAUUUGGAUCUAAAGGAUGUGAUGAUGCUUUUGCCUCCACUUUUUUCGAUCAAAUACGUGCCGAAAUAUUGCAAUUUUACUUUAGCUGAAUGA